AUGGAAGAUAGAGAAGAAACAACAAAAUUAAGAGAUAUCCAAAAGGCAGAUGAAUCAAAUUCCACCAGAAUCAAUAGAAAUGAUUCAAUAGCAAAUGAAAAUCUUGCAAAAGGGUGGCUGAAUCUGAGCUUGGGUGGGAAUUUUCAGACCUCAAAUGACAAAGAUUAUUCUGAUUCUCAACCAUUGAUGAAUAAGGCAAACAAUUCUUCAGCUACAAAGAUGUUUUCUUGUCAUUUUUGUAUGAGGAAAUUCUAUAGCUCACAAGCAUUGGGAGGCCACCAAAAUGCUCAUAAAAGGGAGAGAGGAGCAGCAAGAAGAUACCAAUUUCAAAGAAUAAUGACCAUGAUGGGAUUACCACCAUCGAUGAAUAAUGCAGCUAAUAGUAUAAUGCUUAGAUCUUUGGGUGUUAGGCCUCAUUCCCUUCGUCUCCAUAGCCAUGGAGAAUCUGCUGCUACUGUUGCAAGGUUCGAAAACGCCACUGUCACCAUCGGUAGGGGCACCACGGCCUUUUGCAGUUUGGAGGACGAGUCGUUGAUGCACAUAACUUGGCCAGGAAGCUUCCGAUUGAACACACAACAAAAAACAGAGCCAUCCACCACAUUGGAUUUGAAUUUGAAGCUUUAA